AUGCCUCCCAAGCUCGAAACACUCAUUGUCAAAGGCGAAGUCUCGAUGGUUGAGCCCAACGAAGUCGGCUCCCUGACCUUCGAUCACUCCAACACCUCCCCUAAGGCCAUCAACGCCCUCGGCACGCGCAACCUCAACUGGUACAAAUCCGUCGCUGUGGUCAUGGCCACGCAGCACUGCGCCGUGAUCGCGCACAUACCCUCCGACAGCCCUGAUGACCGCCUCAUCUCCAACGGGCUGAAAGCCUUCAUUGACAAAUGCCGCGCCACGGUGCCGGCAGACGACCGCUGGCCCCGGCAUUUUGCGAUCAUCAACCCCGUCGAGGACACAGACUCAGAUAUCACUAAUUUUCGCCGGGACCGCAUCGUCGCAUUCCUGGCAGACCAUCACCAGCCCGGGGAUUUGAAGCCGAAGGUGUUCAAUUAUGUGGUGAGUAUGGAGUACGAUUGGACCAAGGCGUUGGUCUUUGUGGAUGCGAGGACGCCGGGUAAGGUGACUAUCUUUGUGGAGGAUCAGGAUGCGAUAACUUUCUAUAGCACUUCCUGA